AUUAAUACACACCUGAGGCGAUCUCUUGGCAUGUUAUAUUCAGUGUUUCGUUCUUUUCAAAAGCGUUAAGAAAUCUUUCUCUAGAAACAGUGCUUGCGAGUGAAGCCAUCGCAAACCAUGCCUUCCUGCUGGGUUACUUAACCUCAGCUUAAUAAUAAAGUAUUCUAUGCUUCACUCAAAUUCUAAUAGAUUUUUUUCCCUGUAAAUCUGUAAAUCUAAUUCGAAAAAAAAAUGGCUAGAUACGAUUUCAAGGUCACAGACAACAUGCGUCAAUCAAUUAUUAUGGGUUAGGUUACUGAUGAUUCGAUUAGAGCGCCUCUAAUGGUACCAAUUUGUAAUGCAGUGGAUAAGAUGGACGAAAAUGGCAUGCGAAGUGUUGUUAAAUUUCAGUGAAAUGUUUGGUCACUCCAGCCGCCUAGGAUGGGAGGCUGCAUAGGUUUAACGAGGCCAAGAAACGCCUCCGUUGACGAUACCACGGGAAACUCGUCAAGAGUAAAUUCAGGAAAUUCGAGAAAAAAUCAUCCACUAUGCCACGAAGUAAUUAGGUGGAAGUCAGAUGUACCAUUGACAGAAGGUCAGCUUAGAAGUAAAAGAGAUGAAUUUUGGGAUACUGCGCCUGCAUUUGAUGGUCGCAAAGAGAUAUGGGACGCGUUAAGAGCUGGGGCAACUGCAGCAGAAGCUCAAGACUAUCAAUUAGCACAGGCUAUAUUAGAUGGAGCUAAUAUUUCAGUACCGAAUGGCUUUCUAACAGAAUGUUACGAUGAACUAGGAACCAGAUAUCAAGUCCCUAUUUACUGCUUAUCAUAUCCUAUUAAUAUUGUGAAAGAAGACAGUGGAAGAGAUUCUCCUGCUGAUUGUUCAGAACCUGUCGAUAGUGGAGUUGAACAGACAUUAAAACUCAGAUUGUCAACCACAUCUGGUGAAGUAAAAUUGCCUGUUUAUAGCAAAGAUACUAUUGCCACUGCUAAAAAGAAAUUACAGAGCCAGGAAGGUUUAGAACCAUCCCGUCAAAGGUGGUUCUUUGGUGGAAAAUUAUUAGGGGAUAAAAUGCAUAUAGAAGAAGCAAAGAUACAACCGGGUUAUGUAAUACAAGUAAUUGUGAAUCCUGAAAAGUUGGAUGACAGUCCAAUGAAAACAAGCUGAACUACUGUAUACGUAAGAUACAAGUCACAUUGAACCAACUUUUCUAAUAAGCACUAUCUUACACACACAUUCAAGUAGGAACACAUUUUUUUUUAAUUUUAUAAUGUAUCAUUGUUAAGAAUAGAGCAGCAAUUCUUGAAGUGAAUUUUUACAAUAAAAUGCACUUAACUCUCAUAAUAUACGUAAAUGUUAUAAGGAUUAAAUAUUAUUUCGUUUAAAUUGUAGGUUGUGAUUAUUUAAUUUUUUUUAAUUUAUAUUAGAUCAACAAAAUGAAGCAUUUCAAAGUGUUAACUAUAUACGAAUGAAUUACUAAAGAAUACAGGUUAAAAGGUUUUAUUAAUUUCCUAGUUUAACACGUCUAGUGAAU